CAACGCGCGCCUGCCAUGGGUUGAUCCAUCUCUGCAAAGGAAGCCGCAAGCUUCCCGAUUGAUUCCACUCUCACAGCAACACGUCCACAUCUCGAUCACGCCAUGAAGUCGCCCAUCCCCGACUACCUCCACCACGUCCUCGAGACGGCGCGCCCGAAUGAAGGAGGCGCCGCAGCCGACUACAUCGAAACCCUCGCCAACGCCGACACUUCCAAGAUGGCCAUCUGCCUGUCCAUGGUCGACGGCAACGUCUACUCGGCAGGCGACGACAAGAUCGAGUUCUCCAUCCAGUCCAUCUCCAAGGCCUUCGUCUACGCCAUCGCCAUCGAAGACGCCGGCCUCGAUCAAGUCCUGUCCAAGAUUGGUGUCGAACCUUCGGGCGACCGCUUCAACCAGCUCUCCCUCGAGCGCAACACGAACCGCCCCAUGAACCCCAUGAUCAACGCCGGCGCAAUCACCGCCCACUCGCUCGUCGUCUCUCCCACCGCCACCCUCGACCAACGGACCGAGCGCAUCCUCAAUGCCUUGUCACGACUUGCAGGCCGCCAACUCCACGUCGAUGAAGAAGUCUACCAAGCUGAGUUGAAAGAUGCGGAUCGUAACAUGGCUAUCGGAUACAUGCUCAAGGCUGCUGGAAUCAUCACAUGCGACCCACAAGAGGCGGUACGGGGUUACAUCAGGCAAUGCGCCAUCAACGUCAAUGUCCAAGACCUGGCCAUGAUGUCUGCUGUCCUUGCAAAUGCCGGUGUGCAUCCUGUGAGCAACGAGCAGAUCAUCCCACAAACGAGUGUGCGCCAGGUCUUGUCUGUCAUGACUACCUGUGGCAUGUACGAUGCGGCCGGUGAUUGGGUGUCAAGCGUUGGUUUCCCAGCCAAGUCCGGUGUCGCUGGAGCCAUCAUCGGUGCACUACCAGGUCAGGUCGGUAUCGCCACCUUCUCUCCAAAGAUUGAUGAACGCGGCAACAGUGUGCGCGGUGUCGCAAUGUGUCAACAACUCUCCCGCGAGAUGGGUCUCCACAUGAUGGACGCCAGCCAUGUCGCAAGAUCCACCGUACAGACAAGCGUAUCAACACUGGUCGAAGGCGAACACAAAACUCACAAUGGAAGUUGCAAGCGUGAAGUCGUCGUCUUCAAGCUCAGAGGUGCCGUGAGAUUCCCCGGUGCUGAGAGAUUGACGAGAGCCUUGGCACGCGAACUUGGUCAACCAGACCCGUUGGAUGAAGGUUCAGGAAGCCAUGCAGAUGCUUGUGGUAUUGUCUUUUCCUUCCGCGACGUCUUUUCACUCAACUUCAUCGCCCGACGACUGAUUCACGAAAACAUCGCACGACUGCUAAAGGAAGGAAAGGUUUUGGUGAUUAUCGAUCCUUCAGAGGUACUGGAAUGGGACAAGGCGAAAGCAAAGGACGGUCGUCAUCCCAAGGUGGUGGACAACGAGACGGAAGCACGGGAUUACAUUGGUGGCACUGGAUGUCAAGCUGUCUCACAAGAUCCUGAGUGGUGACUGUGAAAGUAUGUCUUUGCUAUCAAAGGAAAUCAAGUACAAUAAUACAAACAAGGCUCUGCGGACAUGAGAUGCUCCUACCGGAAAGGCUGAAGCUCGUAUCAACAAACGACUCGGUGGUCUACCGUUCUCGUAUCUCGAAGUUUACUCUCUUUUCGGCCGCUCCGUCCACAGCCCUAGAUGGUCUCGAGCUGAAGUGGACUCUUCUCGAUCAGUGUUUUCCAACGUGCGAGGUUGUCAGCUUCCACAUGCUCAGCGAUAUCACUCGAAAUACUCAAGUCGCUGUUUGGAAGACCCUGUCUCUGCCCACAUCUUGCUACUGAAGGCGCCAGAUGUGAAGGAUGAGUAGAACCAGCGACUCAAUCGUUUAAGACACACAUCCGUAGAUGGACAGUAUUUAGAAUAGAGCAGUUCAAUGAAUUGUUCACUCGCAUUAGGCAAAUGAUAAUUUUGGG